GCAGAGACUCGAUCAGCAAUCAGUAUGGGGGACAAGGAAAAACUGCUAAUUUUCGAGUCCGAAGAGACUGGCGACAAGGUGUUGGCCAACAUGAAGUCUACUUCCAAGAUACCUUGGUACUUUGCCACUGGAUUCUUAUUCUUCUGGGGACUUCUCUUUUUUGCCAUCGUAAUUCCGUUUUUCAAUCGCUUACCCACGGCUCGUACACUGGACGACGCUGACAAACAUGUCUUCAUUGCCGAGCGAGCGUACAAAAAUCUAUACACCCUAUCGAAUAUUGGUUACAAACUGACUGGCAGCAAGGAGAACGAAAUCGAAGCAGUGCAAUUUCUUCUCAAUGAGCUCGCAGACAUCAAGGAAGCUUCGCUCAAAGACCUUUUUGAUAUGGAAAUAGAUUUAUCACAAGCCUCAGGAUCCUAUCCAUAUAAAAAUUUGUUGAAUAUGUAUCAAGGUGUUCAAAAUAUUGCAGUCAAACUGACUCCAAAGAACUGCACAGCUGAGACGUACCUCCUCGUCAACAGCCACUUCGACUCGAAGCCUUUCACUCCGUCUGCCGGCGAUGCAGGAUUCAUGAUAGUCACAAUGUUGGAGGUUUUACGUGUGAUAGCAACGACAAGGGAAACCUUCCAGCAUCCGAUUGUCUUCUUAUUUAAUGGAGCCGAAGAAGACAUGAUGCAAGCAUCGCACGGAUUUAUUACGCAACACAAAUGGGCUCCAAAGUGCAAGGCUGUUAUUAAUCUUGAAGGCGUUGGUGGCGGUGGUCGAGAAGUUCUAUUUCAAAGCGGACCCAACCAUUCGUGGCUUUUAAAUUACUACAAAAAAUACGUAAAAUAUCCUUUUGCAACUGUUGUUGCCGAGGAAAUCUUCCAAUCUGGCGUUAUACCAUCGGAUUCAGACUUCACUCAAUUCAGAAAAUAUGGCAACAUUCCAGGUUUGGAUAUAAUUCAACUUACAAAUGGAUAUAUCUACCACACAAUUUACGACGUGAUCGAUGAGAUUCCUCGUGAAGCCUUACAAAACUCAGGAGAUAACAUACUUAGCUUAGUUCGAGGCUUCGCCAAUGCAACAGAGUUACACAAUACAAAGGCGCACAUGGAUGGAAACUCUGUCUUCUUUGACUUCUUGGGUCUUUGCUUCAUUCAUUACUCAGAGAAAACAGGAAUAUUCUUAAACUUUGGCGCCGCAGCAGCUGCGUUCAUUCUAAUUUACAUUUCAAUGUGGCGGAUGGCAGCUGUUUCUCAAGUUUCCUUCUGUCACGUAGCAUGCUGGUUCACAUUGGUCUUUAUCAUCCAGGUUGUUUCCUUUGUACUUGGACUUGCACUUCCAUUAAUUGUCGCAUAUGUAAUGGACAUGUUUGGACAAUCGUUGACCCACUACAGCACAACUUUGUUGUUGCUUGGGCUUUAUGUGUGUCCUUCCAUAAUUGGCCUAAGUUUGCCCAGCACAAUUUAUUAUGCCUUCCAACCUAGUACAAAAAUCCCCAAAGGCUAUCAUCUGCAACUGGCAUUGCAUGGUCAGGCCGUCAUCCUGGGCCUUUUAGUUGUUAGUCUCACUGCAUUUGGAUUGCGUUCAACAUAUAUUAUUAUAAUUCCCCUAGUGUUCUAUGUGUUAUCCUUGGCCUUUAACUUAUUGACGGUUCUACACGAUCGUGGCUAUGCUUGGACGGGACUUCUUAAAGCCAGUCAAAUAAUUCCUUUCCUGCACACCACUUAUAUCGUUUAUAUUCUGCUUGUGGCUCUUAUUCCGAUUUGUGCUCGAUCAGGAAGUGCGUCCAAUAAAGACUUGUACAUAGCUGCCGUCACAGCACUUGGAACAGUUCUUUCGUUUGGUUUCUUGGUUCCACUUAUUAAUAUUGUCCGACGCCCAAGCUUAGUGGUGUUUUCUCUGUUGGUGAUCUCAGCUCUUUCUAUAUACCUAGCAAGCAGCACACAAAUCGGUUUUCCAUUUCGACCAAAGACCAGCGGGCAGCGUGUGGCCUAUCUGCAAGUACGGAAUAAGUUCUAUGAGUACGACGGAACCCUCAGCAAGGACGAAUCGGGAUACUUGUUCAAUUUCCAAGAUCGUCGCAAAGAAUCUACGUUUGUAGAAGCAAAUGUUAAUCUGACUGGCCUGUACAGCAUCAAAUCGAAAUGCGAGAAGCAAAUGAUGUGUGGCAUGCCUUUGUAUGACUAUCGCUAUGAAUCGAACAGACUACAGAGCAAAUUUCUGCCACGUACCAAUCCCAUCGAACCACCAGCAGAAACAAAACUGGAAUUGAUAAGCAAAACGGUACAAAAUCCUACAACCGUUCGAUAUGAGUUCAACUUAACAGGACCUUCCCAUAUGAGUUUGUUUAUCCAAGCCUACGAAGACGUUGAGAUAAGCAACUGGUCAUUCUUACGUAGUUAUCUGGAUAAUCCCCCACCGUAUCCAUUGUCAUAUCACAUAUAUUUCGUUUACGGCAUUGAUAACUCUCCGCUCAACUUCUUUUUGGAGUUCACUAAGCCAGAUGGAGAUUUCGAAGUACCGGUAUUUCAGCUGGGAGUGUCUGGGCAUUAUAUUGAACUAGAGGGUGAUGCUGAAAGUCAGGAAUUCGCAUCUACGUUCCCAUCCUUCGGGAUUCUCGCGACAUGGCCUGUACUCUACCAACGAUUUAUUUUUUAAUAA